AUGAAAGGACCAAUUCAUCAUGACUCCAACAUUACACCUUUGGAGGCUGAGCUUACCGCAUUGAAGCGAGGACUAACCGAAGCUGUCAUGGGAAGAUGCGUACCAGAGGAGAAUAAAACUGCCUUGCUAAUGAUUGAUGUGCAACGUAUAAGAGAAGGAUUCAAGUCAAGCUUUCCGAUUUUCGUGGAGGGAAAAAGAAUUAGUUAUGCUUAUAAACUAGCAAGGGAAACAAUAGUUUCUGAAAUCAGCAUAUCUGUGAAUCCUCCUCGCCAACCUAAGGCUACUCGCAAAACAACUUGCAAAAUCUGUUUAGAUGAUGAUAUUAAUGAGAAUCAGAUGUUUUGUGUUGGUAAGUGUCGUCAUCGAUUUUGUUCCGACUGUAUGAGACGACAUAUAGAGGUGAGGCUACUCGAGGGAAGUGUAAUGAGAUGUCCUCAUUACCGCUGCAAGACUACGCUAAAAUUUGGAGGCUGUAUAAAUCUUUUGACACCUAAAAUAAGAGAGAUGUGGCAACAAAGGAUUAAAGAAGACUUAAUCCCUGUAACAGGGAGAAUUUACUGCCCAAACUCGCGAUGCUCGGCUUUAAUGUCAGAAACCGAGCUCUCUAUAUCAACUAAAGAAGAUGAAGUUAGGAGAUGUUGCUUCAAAUGCGGUCAAAUCUUUUGCAUCAAGUGUAAAGUUUCAUGGCAUAGUAACUUGUCGUGCAACGAUUACAAGAAGUUGAAUCCAUACCCUACAGAAAAUGAUGGAAAGAUUAAAGCUCUGGCAAAUCAGAAAAGGUGGCGUCAAUGCGGAAAGUGUCAACACAUGAUUGAACUUUCUAAAGGAUGCGUACAAGUAAAGUGCAGAUGUGGACAUAAAUUUUGCUACCGAUGUGGAGUCCAGGCUGGAGGUUGCAAACAUGGUCAUGGUCUUCCUCCAAGGCCUCCACCGCCGCCACCGUCGCCCCCACCCACGCCAGUAAAUAUUUGUUGUAUAUUCUUUAUAUCAUCAAUUUUGUUCGGUUUAUUUGUGUACAUCUUUUUAUUAAUUAAUCGUAAACAUUAA